CCAAACGACCACCCGUCAACCCCAACUUUCCUCCAACUUUAUAGGAUGUUGUCAGUUUACUCACUGAUAAAACCUCCUAAAAGUGGUAAUUGUACAAUUUUUGAAGACAAUAUUCCAAUAAUAACAAUUGCAGACCUAAAAGAGAUAAUUAGUGAUCCAACAAAUACACCAGCUAGAAUAAAUAAGAUUGAAAAAUUGAAACAAAAAAUAAAUGACAUUAUGGAUAACGGAUGUUGGGAAGCUGAUGAUAUUUUUUUAGAACACAAUUAUUCAGACUCAACUGUUUUUGAUUGUCUAGUGUAUUAUCUGGCUGGGUAUAUAUCAAAACGUUUAGUAGCCAAAACUAAAUGUGAAUUAUGUAAAUUACAUUUAAAAAACUUAAAUACCUCUAAAACUAGGCCUGAAGCAGAUCUGGUGAAUAUAAAAAGUAGAGGCUACUUAACCCAUCCAAAUAGUAACGUUUUUAAAAUAUUUAAGUCAUUAGAGUUAUCAUUUACUAAAUUUGCUGAUACACCUAAUGUUUUUGAAGAUGCUUCUGAAUAUUUUUUAAGCCAAAAUAUAACUUUUGAUUUUCCAUGCAUUGAACAUCGAACAGAUGUACUAAUGGAUAUUUGUUCAUAUUAUCUGAUUAUGAGAAUGCGUCAAUACAGCUAUCAACAGAACCAAAAUAACAAAAACAUAUUAUGUAUAUUACAAGGUAUAACGAAUUAAGAACGAUAUUGCAAAAAUUAACUGUCCGAAAUCAUUAGUUUUUAAUUGAAAACGAAGGGGGAGUCUAAAUUUGGCAGUUAGAUUUAUUAUAAAAUUAUAGCUAGGUAAUUGAAAUUGUUGGUAUUUUCAUAUAUUAUAUACACGUUGCGCUCGCUCGAACAAUUAAAAUCAAAAACAUCCCUCGACUUUUUAUGUAAAACCACCAUGGGUGGGUGUUAGAAUUAUUUUUGCACCAUACGUUGAUUUACCUAUGUUAAAAAAAAUAAUAAUAUUAAGUAACAAAUAAACAAAAUCUUAACUUCUUUUCACAUUGUCGCUUUAUUUAUAUAAUUAAAAAUAAUCAAUAAUUUAUAUAUAUCACAUGGGAUUACUUAUACUUACUAUUAUGACAACAUUUUAAAAUUAAGAAUAAAGUAUAUUUUAUUAAAAUUGGAUUUGUGUUGUAAAAAAAAUGUCCCCCCCCCCCCCUAGACCUUUGCUCUGGAUCCGUGCCUGUAUUGCAGAUCAGUAGAUCACAAGGUUUCUAUAAAAGAACAUACGAUUUAUGAUUUAUCAAUAGACCGUAUAGGUACUGAGUAUAAUAUAAAAGUUCUAUAGAUUUAUCAUAGUAAAAUAGUAAAUAAUAUAUUUUAUAUCAUUUAUGCCUAUCGUCAAUUGUCGGCGACGAUUAACAAUUCUAAUAAUUUCAGAGAACAAAAAAUAAUAAGCUAUCGCCCAUCAAUAUAGACGGACAGUUCGUUAAUUUGUAUAUAUGUUAUAACGUAAGUCUUAACACAAACUCGCACACAUGUUAAUAGUUAAAUGCUAUUAAAUAUCCAGCAUUUGUAUUUAUUUGUUAAUAAUAAUUAGAUAUUAAUAUUAGUAGUAAUCUUGUACUUUUCACAAAAUGUUUUUUAAUGAUUCCUAAUUUAGUUUACAUUUAUAUUUUUGACAUUUAUCCCCAAGUAACCUCUGAAUAAUCAUUCAAUGAUGAAUUUA